GACGAGAAUAAGGGAGGGCGGAUCAGUGAUAUUUUAAUAGGCAUGAACACAUAGGAUCAGAAUGACAUUUAAUCAUGGCUUUCAACAAAGUGAGUUGUGCGGCAGCUCUGCUGAUUCUCCUGGUACAAGUGUGUCACUCACAAAUAGAUGUCUGUGGUCAGCCUCCACUCAAUAACAAGAUAGUUGGAGGACAGGUGGCUUCUGCAGGCAGUUGGCCCUGGCAGGUCAGCCUGCAAACUUCUAGAAGCCACUUCUGUGGAGGAUCCCUCAUUAACAGUCAGUGGGUGCUGACUGCUGCUCACUGCUUCGUAAAUACCGGCUACCCUGAAAGCAGUGUGACUGCAGUACUGGGUCUCCAAACUCUGUCAGGAUCCAACCCUAAUGCACAGCGUUUGGCUUUGAAUCAAAUCAUUGUUCAUCCGAACUACAACUCCAACACAAACGACAACGACAUCUGCCUCCUGCAGCUGGCAUCAGCAGUGACUUUCACCAACUACAUUCAGCCUGUGUGUCUGGCAGCGCCAGGCAGCACCUUCUACAAUGGCACUGACUCCUGGGUCACUGGCUGGGGAGUCACCUCAGAUGGAUCUCACACUGUUUCACAAACCCUAAUGGAGGUGGAGAUCCCAGUUGUGGGCAACAGAAAGUGUAACUGUGACUAUGGAGUUGGCUCAAUCACCAGCAACAUGAUUUGUGCUGGGUUAAGUGCUGGAGGGAAGGACUCCUGUCAGGGAGACUCAGGUGGUCCAAUGGUGAGCAAGCAGGGUGGUCGCUGGAUCCAGAGUGGAGUCGUCAGUAAUGGACGUGGCUGUGCCCUACCUAAUUUUCCUGGAAUCUACACCAGAGUGUCCCGGUAUCAGUCCUGGAUCAACAGCCAGAUCACUAGCAACAAGCCGGGCUUCAUCACCUACACAUCCACUGGGACUGAUGGGGACCUCAGUGUCUCUUGUACUGGUCUACCACCAUCUGUGUUUUGUGGCCAAGCUGCAUUAAAUACUCGUAUUCUGGGAGGAAACUCGUCAGCUGGCAUGUGGCCGUGGAUGGUGAGCCUCCAGAGGAAUGGAAGCCAUGUGUGUGGUGGGACUCUAGUGGCUGUGGACUCUGUGCUGAGUGACGCUAGCUGCAUCUCAAGUUCAUCCAAGCCGUCUGAUUGGACCGCUGUUUUGGGUCUUUUGAGCCAAUAUGGCUCCAACCCUAAUCAAGUGUCACUGACUGUGACAAAUAUCGCCCGGAGCAACCUGACUGGCUCUAACAUAGCAGUGCUGCAUCUGGCGUCCCAAACCACCUUGUCCAACUACAUCCAGCCCAUCUGUCUGGGUGAUGGACAAACCUUUGCUGUGGGUUCAACAUGCUGGGCUGCUGGUUGGAGCUCAGGGACAGGAGGAGUCCAGGAAUUUCUGCAGGAGACCCAGACCUCAGUGGUAAACUGUGGGAACUCAUCAACCAGUGGCAGCAUUUGUACAGAAGCUAUAGCACUGGAUUCGGGUGAUGUUGGUGGCCCACUAAUGUGUAAGUUGGGUGGCUAUUGGUUCGAGGCAGCUGUGUUAACAGUCACCACAAACAACUCCACCAAUCAAACACGAGCAGCAGUGUCAGUCUUCACCUCACUAUCAGCCUACGGUCCCUUUCUGCGUCAAACCCUGGGCUCAUUUUUGACUCCUCCCACCAGCACUGGAGAAGGCUGCGCUCAUUCCCCCUCCCUCCUUCUCCACCUCGCUUUGUUCAUCGCAUCUCUCUACCUCUUUCAAUUCAUGGCUUUCUACAAGGUGAUAUGUGUGGCGGCUCUGCUGCUUUACCUAGUACAAGAGUGUUACUCGCAGCUAAGCGUCUGUGGUCAGCCUCCACUCAAUAACAAGAUAGUUGGAGGACAGGUGGCUUCUGCAGGCAGUUGGCCCUGGCAGGUCAGCCUGCAAAUAUCUGGGGGCCACUUCUGUGGAGGAUCCCUCAUUAACAGUCAGUGGGUGCUGACUGCUGCUCACUGCUUUGAAAGCUCUGCAAGCAGCGUGACUGCAGUACUGGGUCUCCAAACUCAGUCAGGAUCUAACCCUAAUGCACAGAGUGUGGCUUUGAGUCAAAUCAUUGUUCAUCCCAACUACAACUCUGCAACUAAAGACAACGACAUCUGCCUCCUGCAGCUGGCAUCAGCAGUGACUUUCACCAGCUACAUUCAGCCUGUGUGUCUGGCAGCGCCAGGCAGCACCUUCUACAACGGCACUGACUCCUGGGUCACUGGCUGGGGAGUCACCUCAAGUGGAUCUGACACUGUUUCACAAACCCUAAUGGAGGUGGAGAUCCCAGUUGUGGGCAACAGACAGUGUAACUGUGACUAUGGAGUUGGAUCAAUCACCAGCAACAUGAUGUGUGCUGGGUUAAGUGCUGGAGGGAAGGACUCCUGUCAGGGAGACUCAGGUGGUCCAAUGGUGAGCAAGCAGGGUGGUCGCUGGAUCCAGAGUGGAGUUGUAAGCUUUGGAUACGGCUGUGGUUUUCCUAAUUUUCCUGGAGUCUACACCAGAGUGUCCCAGUAUCAGUCCUGGAUCAACGGCCUGAUCACCAGCAACCAGCCGGGCUUCAUCACCUACACAUCCACUGGGACUGAUGGGGACCUCAGUGUCUAUUGUGCUGGUUUAACAGCACCUGUCUUUUGUGGCCAAGCUGCGUUAAAUACUCGUAUUCUCGGAGGAAACUCGUCAGCUGGCAUGUGGCCGUGGAUGGUGAGCCUCCAGAGGAAUGGAAGCCAUGUGUGUGGUGGGACUCUAGUGGCUGUGGACUCUGUGCUGAGUGACGCUAGCUGCAUCACAAGUUCAUCUAAGCCAACUGAUUGGACUGCUGUUUUGGGUCGUUUGAGCCAAUAUGGCUCCAACCCUAAUCAAGUGUCACUGAAUGUGACAAAUAUCACCCUGAGCAACCUGACUGGCUCUAACAUAGCAGUGCUGCAUCUGGCGUCCCAAACCACCUUGUCCAACUACAUCCAGCCCAUCUGUCUGGGUGAUGGACAAACCUUUGCUGUGGGUUCAACAUGCUGGGCUGCUGGUUGGAGCUCUGGGAGAGGAGGAGUGCAAGGAAUUCUGCAGGAGACCCAGACCUCUGUGGUAAACUGUGGGAACUCAUCAACCAGUGGCAGCAUUUGUAUCGGAGCUAUAACACUGGAUCAGGGUGAUGCUGGUGGUCCACUAAUGUGUAAACUGGGCAGCUACUGGUACCAGGCAGCUGUGUUAACAGUCACCACAAACAACUCCACCAAUCAAACACGAGCAGCAGUUUCGACUUUCACCACACUGACAGCCUACGACGCCUUUCUGCGUCAGACCCUGGGGUCAUUUUUGUCUCCUCCCUCUAGUAGUGGAGGAGGCAAUGCGUCCGCCUCCACCAGCACUGGAGGAGGCGGACUCCAUCUCCUUCUCUUCAUUGCAUCUCUCUGCCUCUUUCAAUAGAUAACUGUAAUGUAUUUACAUGAUGUGAUAAGCACAAAUGAAUGUAAAUUAUCUUUAGUUUUGAGAGACAGCAUAGGUCCCUUGUGACGUUACUAAGCUAAGCAUUUAUGUCCUGUACACAGAGAAGCUAUUUUAGUUUUGACAGUUAAAGGUUUUUUUGAUGAUCAUUAGGGUUAAUGAAGUUUACCGUUAUUCUAUUUUUUCAUAUUGGUAUGUUUAGUUAUUUGUUCUUGGAUUCAUCUUCUGAAAGUGACUUUGCUCUCAGAUUCGUUUCUCUUUUGCUCCACGCUUCUCUUUACAACUUUUAUGAAGUAAAACUAGUAUCUGGGAGAAUGUUAUAUUACUAAAGCAUUAAGUGUCUUAAAACUGCAGUAAAGGUUGUGUAAGAAAU